UACAGUGUUACAGCUCUUUUAGAAUUUGUCUAGCAGGUUUUCUGGCUAAUUGCUGGAAAACCCCUCCCAAUCUAAACGGUUUAUAAAAUAGCUACAGUAGCAUUCUCGUGGCUGGGGCAGUUUGUCCUCGCCGUGGUCCUCUAGGAAGUGCGUGAGCCCUGCAUCCACGCUCAGGGACUUCCGCCUCGUGCGAUACAGCUUCCCUUCCUUCCGCCCGCGCGAGCCCGGCUUCUCCAAUCUGUCCUGUGUUUCUGCUAAAGUAGCGACUGGCGUUCUAUGGCGUCCGCCUCGGCCCAGCCCGCGGCCCUGAGCGCAGAGCAGGCCAAGGUGGUCUUAGCGGAGGUGAUUCAAGCGUUCUCGGCCCCAGAGAAUGCGGUGCGCAUGGACGAGGCUAGAGACAAUGCGUGCAACGAUAUGGGGAAGAUGCUGCAGUUCGUGCUUCCAGUAGCCACACAGAUCCAGCAGGAGGUUAUUAAAGCCUAUGGCUUUAGUUGCGACGGGGAAGGUGUCCUUAAGUUUGCCCGCCUAGUCAAGUCUUACGAAGCCCAGGAUCCUGAGAUCGCCAGCCUGUCCGGCAAGCUAAAGGCCCUGUUCCUGCCACCCAUGACACUGCCACCCCAUGGGCCAGCUUCCGGAAGCAGUGUGGCCGCCUCCUGAGAUUUGUUCUUGUCUGUGUACCACUGCUAGGGAAGAAGACCCUGUGUUCCAGAGGAUAAUAAAUGUGCUUGUGACUAAACUUUA